CCUGGGUAGACAAGCCUGUGUGUGCAUGGUUUCAAAGCCCAGAUGACAGGCCAGAGAUGGCAGUCUGUGCAGCACGACUGAGAGGUGCAGAUAGCCUGCUUGAGGAAACUGACCCCAAAGACUCCUAUCUCAGUCCAAGAAAUAUCAUGGCCGAGCCAGACUACAUAGAAGAUGACAAUCCUGAACUAAUUAGGCCCCAGAAGCUAAUCAACCCUGUCAAAACAUCCCGAAACCAUCAAGACCUCCACAGAGAGCUCCUUAUGAAUCAAAAGAGGGGUCUUGCCCCUCAGAAUAAACCAGAAUUGCAGAAGGUAAUGGAGAGGAGAAAACGAGACCAAGUGAUAAAGCAAAAGGAGGAAGAAGCGCAGAAGAAGAAAUCCGACCUGGAAAUAGAGCUAUUAAAGCGGCAGCAGAAGUUGGAACAGCUUGAACUUGAGAAGCAGAAAUUGCAAGAAGAGCAAGAAAACGCCCCGGAAUUUGUGAAGGUGAAAGGCAAUCUCAGGAGAACAGGCCAGGAGGUGGCCCAAGCCCAGGAGUCCUAGGUCCAGGCUGCCUGUGACCUGGCGUGUCCCCCUGUUGCUGUAGGAGCCAUGUCUAGGUACUUCUGCAGCGCUCAUCUUGGGCCAAAGUCCUGAGGAAGAGAAUCCAGACAGCCGAGAAUUGAUUAUCAAAAAGAUCGGGUUUGAUUUAAUAUAAAGUUAGAUGAAUUGUCUUUGACAGUUGCAAUUCCCAUUCGCCAAAUGAAAGAUAGUGACCAGCACACAAGUUAUCAUGGACCUGUGAUUAGAGACUUGAGACAAAGCAAAACAAAAGCAAGCAAACCGCACUAGGAAAUGGACACUGGAAUAACGCUUGAGGGUUGCGCUACUCAGCUUUUCUUCCAAGUUUAGUGGAACACAGAGCCCUGUUCUUUUAAAAACUAAAGAAAUCAUGUGGAAUCCUUUGGUUAGCUGUUAGAUCAUUUUGAUUGCAUCAAAAUGUAUUUCAUCUGUUACAUCCAGUAUUUGUAUUUCAUUUUGAGAACCCAGACUUUUCUAGUUUAAUGUAUAUUCCCCCCACAUUACAAAUUAAGAAUGGAAGAUGUUAGCAUUUAACAUUUAUGUUUAAUCAUACCUAUUACUUUGGGUGACACUGAAAUUUAGAAACCCUAUCAGUUUUAAAAACUCAAUACCCAUUAUGAACUUACUAUAAUUUCUUUAUGUUCUCAGUAUGACAUGUUACAUGUUGACUUUCCACUUUCAAAAAGGUACAUCAUGUCUAUUCCUUUAUUGUUUUGAUAACCAGAGCCUUUCUGUUCAGUGUUAGUUUGUCAUUUCUUGCUCAACUAUUCUUUUUAAAUAAAGUAAUUCCUUAGUUCUUUCGGAGGAUUAAACUAGAGGGUGUUACUCAGCUUCUGUGUCUCAUAGAGAGGCCAGAUCUUUUGAGUUCUCCUGAGAGCAGUAUAGAGGGGUGUCCAUGAAGACAGAGUGAUGGGGCCAUUAGAUACUGUAUGUAAUGCAAAUAGAGAUCCAUUUCUAGGAGGCUUUAGUGGAGGGCUUUAUCCUUUUUACAUUUUGAGUAUCUUAGAUUCAUAGCUUGAGACAUUUCUGGUGAAUGAUCACACAAUUUCUUUCCCCUUUUGUUUCUUGUGAAGAAUGACUAUUUUUGCGCUCUCUCAGCAUGACGCUGUUGGUAGGGAUGGUCUUGACUACUGUGUUGCAUCUCUCAGGAAAAGCUGAGGUGCCGGGCAGAGCUGCUCAGUUUCCUCAUGCUAGCUAGCAUGCUGUUCAAAGAGACAUCUAAGUUACAAAUAAUAUGAAAGUUCUCAUGCAAAAUAUAUUUUAUACUGCAGGCAUGGGAUCACUUUUUUAUUUAGUACUUCUCCAUAGAGAUGAUUUAGCCAGUAAUUUCUACACUGCAGACUUGUUUUUCCUUUCAUGAUGCACACAAUGCUGGAUGUAGUACUUUGGAACCCUUGAUUAGCACACUAGACACUAGCUUUCACUGGGAACACUUCAGUUUGCCAGUUAACAGGCCCAUGUUCUAUCCAAGUGUGAUUACGAAGUAAAUGGAUGAUAAUUCACUGCUACAUAGAGAAACGUGAGAGUUGAUUACAGCGGAAAUGGAUUCUUGGUCUUAUCACAAAGUGUCAUCUAAAUAAAAUAUGAGAUGCUGAAGACAAAAUUGUUUGAAGAUUAGAAUGGUGACUACUUUGUCAUCUUCCUUCUUUUUGAGAAAGGAAAGGUCAUUCCUGAUUGUUGGAAAAAAAGCCUCCAAUGCAUACUGAUUGUUCUCUGUGUAUAUGGAGUAAUGAUGUCAGGUGUUAGGGUGAAGACUCAGGACUGGCUCAUACCUUUCUUUCUGACUAGAAAUUAGCUCUUGGAUGUGUAUGCUGAAAACAGUUCCACUGCUUGACAGGAUCUUCAAGGGCCAUCACCAGCUCCUUAAGAACAGGGGUGAUUCUGUUCCUAGGACGAAGGAACUCAUACACCACUGGGGAAAGGUUAACUACAAACAUGUCUUUCCUGGUUGCAUUCAGACCUGUGAUAUUCCUUGGUGGUUAGCGCUAUGGGGUCGGGCCAAAAGAGGACUUAAGAAUGGCAUGAAGUGAUGGCUUCUGCUGGGUCCCAGACCACAUAGGUAGUGAGGAAGUGAGGCUUUUAGGAGUCACUUGCUCACAUCAGCUCAGGAGCCUGCAUUUUAAAAUGCUGUCACUCUUUCUUUGCUCCUAACACUGUAUAGUCCAAACCCCGAGGACUUGUCAACAUCUGAGCAGUGUUGUGCUUUGAGCCACUUUUAGGGGAGAAAAAAAGGCUCCAUUUUUCCAUUCUGUAGUUUUCUUAAGAUAGACAUGUGUUUUGUAGUCUCCUGCUAGUAAAGUAGUUUUGCUUUCUAAGCUAUAACAGUUGACUUUAUUCUUCUACUCUGAGAAUCUCGACCUGUUUGAGUGUACAUAAUAUAUAUAAAGGGAGCCUUAAUGGAUUUGUUUUCAUAAUUUAAUAUUUUUUGUAUUUGCUCUUGUAUAAUUGUUUUUUUUAUGGAAAGUAUUACAGAAUCGAGGGUGGAAUUCUUAGAACCAAAGUUAUUCUUAAUAAAAAUCACCAAUGCUUGGACCACA